AUGUGGGAUGAAUGCUUCAAGCACGGCUCUGACAAUUGUGACGCGACCAAAUCCGGCCCCUUCGUCCAUAACCUAUUGACUACAGUCCAUCCCAUAUGCCAUUCCCGCAACUGGAUCCUAGAAGACUUUCCACUGCCCCAAAACAACACAUGGAGUCUCGUCGAACCAGCGCUACACAUCGCCACCAAGCUUAUCACCACCGUGCCGGCAUCAGCCUUCUUCCGUCAUGUAAAAUACGGCCAUCUAACACGUCAAAAUGACCAGAACUUCCUUUGCUACACUGCGCCCGAAGACACAGUCAGUCAAGACCUCGCCGUCCUAGCCGACCUCCACAAGCUCUCCAAACGCAUCAGGAUCCUCUUCGCCGCGCUGAAACCCGAAGCCAGGCACACAUCGCAGACGCGUGCGAUACAUCACGUCUCCCAAGCAUCCUUCAGCACCGAACUGUUCAUCAAAGGCGACAGAUCCGCUCUCCCAGCCCGCCACGAUAAACGCGUCCAAUACAUCGUCGUCAACGAAGCGUACGCCGUUUACGCCGAAAAUACUAAUCCCUCGCCCGCACAGGCCGCAAGGUUUGCUUUUAGUCUGGCGGCUACACGCGUGCACGAAACCGCGCAUGCGUUCUACGCUCGAGAUUUCUCUGAUGGCAGGGAAGGAUAUGAAGAGCCAUAUUUAAACGUUACUCAUUUCAACAACGGGUAG